GUGCUUUAAGGAACUUGGAUUACUAGGCAAGCAGGUUUCACUCUCUCCGCCUGUGGAGGCCUUGCCAGAGGAGACGGAGCGAGGGGGCCCUGCCUGCAGAUGUGAGGGACGAGCUGGGCCAAAAACUAUGGCCCCACUGGGGCUGUUCCCAGUUUUGGUGGCGAUGGUCAACUUGAACCUCAUUCAGACAGAAAGUGGGGGAUCAUUGGGGGUAACCCUGAACCCUGUUACUAAACCUAUCCCUGCAGCGGUUGUGGAAAAGGAUGCCUUCAUCCACUCCAGCAGUAAACAAAAGAGGGAGGUGGAUUGCACAGGAGCAUACUAUCUUCACCCCAAUAAAACCCACUGCUGCAUUAGAUGCCACAAAGGAACUUUCGUUGCACAACACUGUUUAGACUCUGAUAGGGCAACCAAGUGCUCAGUAUGCUCUGAGGGUUCCUUCAUUGAUGGAGAUAAUAGCUCUGAGAAGUGUCGUGGAUGCCGACGCUGCCGUCCAACUUUUGGACAAAUAGAGCUAUCCAAAUGUACCAGUGAGCACGACACAGUUUGCGGUUGUGGCAGAAAACAAUAUCAAAGUAGCCACAGUGAUGAAUUCACGUGCAAGAAUUGCAGUGUUUGUCCCCAUGGAAAAAUCAGGCUAUCUUGUGAGUGCAGUAGGACAGAAUCAAUGUCUCAUACACCUGCAAACACAUCAAAUGAUCCUUCUGCACUUAUUCUGACUGCAGGAUGUACCACAUUCAGUGACACAAUAUGUGAGUGUCUCCCAGGAUUCUUUCUCCAAAAAGAUGAAAACAAAUGCUACCCAUGCAGCAGCUGUAAUUCUGAGAAAGAAUGCGAGAUGGCCUGCAAGAUGGCUUUAGUGACGAAGCCAGAAAAUAAUCCACAACACACAAUUCUCACUAUAUUAGUAAUCAUAUUUGGAGCUACCUGUGCAUUGCUGUUGGUGAACACAUUUCGCAAACGAUCCUGUCAGAAGAGGUUCGGCUCCACUUUCUGUCCAUAUGCUUCAAAUCUGCAGCCAACAAGUGAACCUUCCCCAGAGGUGGUAGAGAAAGCAAAAUGCACAUUUCUGGAACAAAACCAGAUAGAGAAUCUUUUGCCACAGAAAGCCACACCAGCUGACCUCCCAGAUUGUGUAAGAGUGGCAGGAGAGACACAAAUCUCAGAUCGUCCUGAAGUUUUGUACGCUGUGGUGGAUCACGUACCGCUGCCCCGGUGGAACGAAUUUGUGCGGCGCCUGGGACUGAAUGAAAUUUCAAUAGAGAGGAUUUAUGCAGAGCACCGGCACAUUCGGGAAGCGCAAUAUGUCAUGCUGAGACAGUGGAGGCAGCAAGCAGGCCACAGUGCCACUGUAGAGCGCAUCUGUUACGUUCUCAACCAAAUGGAGAUGAGUGGUUGUAGUGAGACUAUUCAGGAGGUCCUGUCCAAACUGCCUUAGAUGUACUGCAUCAGUACUCACUCACACCAAGCACAAUCAUCUCUUGAUGACUUGUAGCAUCAUAAUGGAUUGUGUGUUUGAAUGUGCCAUU